GAUUAAGCUUGGGAUGAAGAUGCUGUCACAACGAAGUACCCUAUUAAAUAUCAUUGGACGAUUAGGUCACCGGGGUACAUCAACAGUUACAAGUAGAAGUACCUGAAGUUCCAGGACCCAAGUGUUAUCCUCUAAUUGGGUCCCUUUUCAACAUGAUCACUGAUAAAGAGAGCUCGUACCAUUAUUUCUUGAAACUCUUCAAAGUACAUGGCCCAAUCGUAAAGGUAAAGUACCCAGGUCAGCCUGUACUGGUGUUGAUCUCCCGGCCUGAAGAUGCUGAGAAAAUUCUAAAACUGACACAAGAUAAUCCAGUGAGAAAUGAAAUGGAAGCCCUCAAGAUGGCCAGAUAUAUUAACCCAUUUUAUGAAAAGAAAGCUGGAAUAGUGACAGAAAAUGGUGAGGAAUGGUGGCGAGUACGAAGCAAAGUCCAGGCACCAGUUUUGAAACCCAAAAAUGUUCAUAAUUAUCUCAAAGAUGUGGAUCAGGUGACACUAGACUUUUUAGACAGAAUUUCCACACUGAGAAAUAGUGAAGGGGAAGUAACUGUAGAUUUCUUAGAAGAAUUAAACAAAUGGUCCUUAGAGUGUAUAUGCCUUGUUGCCUUAAAUCAACGAGUUGGAUGCUUUGAUCCCAACCUGUCUCCUGAUUCAGAGCCAACAUUGAUAAUUAAGGCAGCUAUAGACUUCAUGAAUGCUUUCAAAGAGUGUGAAUCUGGCUUAAAGCUGUGGAAGAUAUUUCCUUCAAAGAUAUUCAGGCAGCUACAAGAUUCCAUGCAAAAACUAACAGAAACCUGUGAAACUGUUGUCCAAAGAAUGGAAAGUGAUAUGCAAAAAAGAGCUCAUGAUCCAGAUUGCCAGCUCAACUUGGUUGAGCAACUUCUACAAGAACCAGGCCUCUCCCAUAAAGAUGUUAUCACUUUUAUGGUGGAUCUUAUUCCGGGUGGUACAAAUACAACCUCUGAUAAUGCUGCUGUACUUCUUUAUCUCUUGGCUAAAAAUCCGAGAGUCCAAACCAAGGUGCAGGAAGAACUAGAUUACGUUUUAGGCAAUGGCUCCGGAAAUGUCACUGCACAUCAACUUGCUCAGCUCUCUUACACUAAAGCUGUUUUGAAGGAAUGCAAUAGACUAAUGCCACCAAUGUUUGGACCCAUGCGAAUCCUUCAAGAGGACAUACUUCUCGGACGAUAUAUUUUACAGAAAGGAUGGUCAGUGCUGCUGAUGAAUGCGUGUUCUGGCUGGGAUGAAAGACAGUUCCCACGAUGCAAUGAAUUUUUACCUGAACGAUGGUUACGGCAUCGACCUUUUGGAAAUAUACAUCCUUGUGCUUCUAUCCCUUUCUCUCAUGGCACUAGAAUGUGUGUAGGUCGACGCAUUGCUGAACAAGAGCUUUACACCUUGAUGGCUAGAACUCUUCACCGAUAUAAUCUUGAAUGGAAACAUGGUGAUAUGGAGAGGACUUUCAUGCAUGUGUUUUCUCCAAAAGGUCCCCUACGGUUUACAUUAACUGAACGUAAACGUAAACAAUGGUCCUCGCCUCAGGCUGCGAUUGGGCUGCGAUUGCUCUCACAGUAGUCCACCGAUUCUUGCAGGAGAAACAACACGCUGGUCAAACCCUAGACCCCAAAACGUGAGUGUGAUCGUGAACUAGUAAAGCCUCUAAAUAAAAACUCUAAAUAAUUUUAAUAAGUAUAUUUAUGUACUGUAAUUUGUUCAUAUUAUACAAAUUGUCUCCUGAUGUAUCAACAGUUGUAACAUG